AUGCAAUUCGAAGUAUCUGUAGCAUUAAACUUUGUUAUUGGUUAUCUUUAUAACAAAUUACCACGUCGUCGUGUUAACAUGUUAGGAGAAGAAAUUGAAAAACAUUUACGAAUGAAAUUUCAAGAACAUUGGUAUCCGGAAAGACCAACGAAAGGUAGUGCCUAUCGAUCAUUACGUAUUAGUAAAGAAAAAGUGGAUAAAGUAUUGAUUAAUGCCGCUAUCGAUUGUGGACUCGAUUUACAAGAAAUAUUAGACGCAUUACCAAAUGAUUUAACUAUCUGGAUAGAUCCUGGAGAGGUGUCAUAUCGAAUUGGAGAAAAAGGACCAGUGAAGAUCCUGUAUGAAGAUGAAAGGCGUUUAAUUCGAAAAAAUAAACAUGAUACAAAUAAUAAAGAUAGUUUGAAUAGUGAAUCAUCAAGUGAUAGCGAAGAUAGAGAUGGAUCCAUAUUUAAUAAAGCAUCUGAUAUUCUCAUUAAACCGUUUAAUCUUGACGCACAAGUAUUUCGUCCAAUUGUUGAUGAUGAGAAUCAAUUAUCAACAUCCAUUGGUAGUUUGAUUAGUUUAUCACCAUCGUCGCCACCUACAGUUCUUAGCAGCGUAUUAGCAUCAUCAACUGGUUCAUCCUCAUCUGGUAGUAGUAUGAACAGUAGCAGUACUAUGAACAAUAAAUGUUCACGUUCACCAAAUAAUUUACUUCUUCCAACUGUAUCAUCUCCUACCAUCACUUCUAGCAAUAAUAAUCUUAAUACGACAACACCAACACCAACACCACCAAUAACAACAACUAAUAAUAAUAAUGGAGCAUUUUUAAAUAAAACAGCAAGUACACCAAUGUUUAUUUCUCCAGCAACAUUUGCUCAAACAAAAUUUGGUUCAUUAAAGUCAAAACAUGCCAGUAAAAAAUGUCAACGUAUGUUACCGAGUGAAUUUUCGGCGUAUAUUAAACAAAAAGAACAGUUGCAGCGUAAUGUACAAUUACAACCAUCUCCACCAUCGUCAAAAAACGAAUUUACUCCCUCACUUGUUGAUAACAGUAAUCAUAUGACGCCAAAUUCCCCUUCGCAUACUACAUUUUUAUCCCAAUCAUCGCUAAUACAACAUACGACACCUUCACUAAUGAUAAGUCCGAUACAUUCACAGUUGUCACCUACAAGACUACAUCCUCAUCAAUUAACGAUUUCAUCACAAAAUAGUUUUCCAAUGCAACACCAUCCUGUAUUUAACGCCAACAAUAAUUCAUAUUUUACUCCCCAUAACGUGAUGCCUGUUGCUCCCGCUUCAUUAGCAAUUUCUCCGCCAACGUCAUCGGUAUUCGGCGCACAUAGACCCUUUUCGAAUUGUAGUAGUGGUGGAGGUAAUGGCAUCUUUGGAGCCUUGCCAAGACCCAAUUCAUUGCCACUGAAAAAUGUGCCUUCACCAUCGUCAACAGGAACACCUGGCACAAAUAAUUUAUUUGGAAAUAACAGUGGUGGUAGCCAAGGAUCAUCAUUCUCUCCACUUAUUUUAUCAUCACCAUCAGAAAAUAGUACCAAAAAUACUAUAAAUAAUACAAAAGGUCAGUAUACUUUGACUCCAUUUGUAUUGGCCAAUUAA